GUCAAGGGGCCAUAUUUACAGUUUUGUCGUGUUGUGAGUAAUUUUAUUUUAUCCGUAGUCUUCUGGGAAAAAAGCCAUUUUUCCGCCAUGUAUGACGACGACGACGAACCAGAAGGGCCAAAGAGUUCUUUCACGACUUACCUUUCCGAAGGAAAUGUGCAUUUUAACCAGGGGGAAUACAAAAAGGCUCUGGAUAGUUACACUCAGGUAUACUCGAAUAACUUGGUCGAUUUCAAUGAAAUAUUAUUUGAUCAAAAACACUUACGAUUCUCUAGAAUAUCCUGAUUUAUUCGAGCUCUUAUAAAUGCUACUUCUUUGCUUUGGAAGUGUUGAAGUCUUGCCAUUAGUUCAAGAUUAAAGAUAAUAAAACAAAAUUACCGUUUAUCUAUGUGAUUAUUUAAGUAUCGUGAUGUACUUUUGUAGCCAAGUUGCUGUCGUUGCAUGACUUCCUACUGUGAUUGGACCUUUCAAAAUAUUAGCGGUUACAGGAUGUUAGUCUUUUCUCUGAUCCGACAUGAGAUCGACAAAAUUUAAUGACUAGGAAUUGAACUUGCUUUGUUGCGUUUGUUAAAUAGCAGGAUUGAAUCUCAAUCUGGUUGACAGUGCAGUACGUUUUGUUAAAAGUUAUCCACUGGAUGGUGAAUUUAUCUGUUGGAUGGUGUUAUCUCAGCCCUUCAUACAACUAGAACCAGUUUUUUACGAUCAUUAAAAAAUUUUAGAUACCAAAUAUUUAUCUAAUGUGCCCACAAAUGAUGUGCAUUGUCCUGACCCACACAAGCAUCUCAGUUCUCUGUGAUUUGUUCUGAUUGGCUGACACAAUUACCUCAAUAUUGGUUUUAUGGGACUCAACCCUAGAAUGUUCAAAUGAAAUUAAAUGACCUAUUUACAUCUUCUUUUCACAGGCCCUGGAGCUACAGCCAGGUUACAAAGUGUGUCUUGUCCAGCGAUCAAAGUGUUACUUGAGGUUAGGCAAUGCUGAUGCCGCACUGAGAGAUGCAGAAGAAUCACUUGCAGAAGAUAAAGAAUAUAACAAGGUUUGGAAGCCUGUCAACACUUUAAACCAUUAGAUCUGAUUUGUAAUUCACCUCUCUAGAUACUACUCAUUUCAUGGUUAACUUGACAAGAGAAUUUGGUUUUACAUCUGUAACACCUUCUACAUGUAACUGAUAAGUUGAUUAUUCUGACUUAUAACUUGUUAAUUAGAUGAUGCAUUGAAACUGUGAGGAAUAUUUAAGUAUUUACUUUUAGUAUAAUUGUUCUGGUGAUUAUUCAGACAUACACAAUCUGAUUGGUCAAGGAUAGUGUAAAAUUUAAUCCCAAAGAGCAUAAAGGCUGCUACUAAGUUUGGUAGAACACUUUUAAAAGAUAAAAUAUAAAUUUUACAUUGUUAAAUUCAGGUAGAAACUGGGGAUCAAUAUCAGUAUCUGGGCAACUACUCACCUACCCCUCCCCUGACCCAACAUUAACCUUAACUUGUUAUCAAUUGACUGUUGUUGAGUUAAGGGAGGGGUAGGUGGGCAGUUGCCCAGAUACUGAUAUUGAUCCGAAACUGGCUGCUCAUCUUGAUACAAGUAAUUAAAAAAAUUAUAACAAAAGAUAUGCAAAGUUUUCUUUAUUUAUAGAAUGGUGACAACAUGAUGACAUUGCUACAGAAUUCAAAAGCACCUGAGCAAUUAUAUUAAAAUAAUUAUUUGCCUUUAGGCUCAGUGAAUAUUGUUGAAUAAUCCCCUUGACUUCAUCCUGACAUUGUUAACCCUUUACACCCUAACAUCAGUAUUCAUAUUCUCCAAACUGUUCUCUGUACAUUUACUAAGGUGCUAACAAGGAGAAUUUGUCUAACAAUCAAGAGUUUCUUUAGUUGGUGAUCAUUUCCUUUAUUCUCAUGACAUUAAUGAGUGAUUCAGUGGUGGCAUUGUAAGGGGAAAUUAGAUACUAGUCACUCUUAGGGGUUAAAGGGUUAAAAGGUUUUCAUCUCAGUGACGGGAGUUACAGGGAUAGGGAUCUCAAGGGAUGUGCUCUAACAAUGGUGGAUCUAGGGGAGGGACCCAGGGGGCGAGAAUCACAGAUGGAAGAAAAGCUGUAUGGCAAGUGACGAAAAACCGCCGGCCCUCCCCCCUCCCCAGCUCAAGGUCUGGAUCUGCCACUGUCUUAAAUUCCCUCUCUGAAAAAAGAAAAUGAUUGGAAAUUUUCUUGCAUUAAAUUUUGGCAAGUAUCCUUAUUUUGAGGAAUUCUUCCUCAAUGUUUUAUUGAAAGGUAAGUAUGGUAGAGUAAUUUUCUUACUAACGGUACUCAUUUGUUGUGGAAGUUCAACAUUUCAGUCACUAACAAAGGGAAUUUAUUUAUAUACAGGGCCUUUAUCAGAAAGCAGAAGCUCUUUAUUCCAAGGGAGAGUUUGAGUAUGCUCUCUUGUAUUAUCACCGUGGAUAUAAGCUGAGACAAGACCAAGAGGAGUUCAAACUUGGCAUCCAGAAAGCUCAAGAGGCCAUUGAUAAUGCUAUUGGAAGUAAGAAUUACUUGUUAGAAUUAAUUUACUGAGUAGAUUUAUAUUGAAUGCCAAUGGUUUAAUCUGAUGUUUUUCUGUGGUUGGUCUUGAAAACUAACCCCCCCCCCCCAACCAGUUAUACAAAGACCAAUAUGGUGAAUUGAUCUCAUAUCUUUCCUGUACUUUUGUGACACUCCAUCUAGAUCUGAUUUUGUGUAAUGAAUUUUUUGACCUCCCUUAGUGAGAAGAGAUAUGUUUACAAACCAAAAUUUAACAAUGUGUGAUAAUUUGCAUUUUAAAAAAGUUUCACAUGCUGUAAUUUUCAUUUAUGUCUUAAAUGUUUUUCAAAGUCCUUUUAUAACUUUGCCCCUUGCAUGCACUGACCAUUCUAACUUAUACAUUAUUUAGUUACAGUUACUGAAUGCACAUGUGAGAUGUAAAACUGCGACCAGAGAUUUCUUUUUAUAUACAUUACUGUGUGUAUACUUUUAAGGUGAAACUUAACACUAACAAAACGUCACUUACCACAUAUCAUGAGAGUAAUUCUGUAAACAAAUAUUUUAUUGAUGUUUGCUUUCCAGGUAAAGCCAGGGUCAAAUUGGAAAAUAAAGGAGAUUUGUCCUUUUUUGCCAAACAGGAUGAAGCUGUGAGUAUAAGACUGUUUUUAAGUUAGUAACAUCAUCUCAGUAGCUCAUGUAUACAUCAAAAGAUGUUGUCCUUAUUUAUAAAGGAGUACUAAUUCCUAGGAUAUUGAAUUCUGAUGUAAUUCUAUGGGGUAAAUUUUUUACCAUGACCAAUAGUUGUUCAACGACUCAAAGAGCUCUAAGUUUCCAUCAAUGCUGUUGAAUGUUGCAACUUAUUUUUUUUUAAAUUUCUUUUUAUUCAAUGUUAGAAAAAGACAACUAAAGGCUACAGCAAACCAACUGCUCUGGCAGCAAGAAAUCAACAACAAGCAGCAAACCGAGGAAAAAACACCAAAAGUCCUGUUAAAUCAGAAAAAACAGUCAAAAAAGUAAGCCCAUUUUACAGUACUAUACCUUUGUCAGUGGAGUCUUAAUUUUUCUGGCUGUUUGAUCAUCAGGACUCAAUUGAAUCACUUUUGAUUGUUGGUUUAAUUUUUCCUUUUUUUUUUUUUUUGCAGCUUUUAGGUGAAUUGUACGCAGACAAGAAGUACCUUGAGAAACUGAUGGAUGACCAAGGUAUGCAACAUCAUAUGCAACAGUUCUAAUUUCCUCAUCUCUUUGCCUUUUUACUUACUCUUAUUGUGUGUAUUCCAUGAUGUUUAAUUCUAGGCAGAGAUGGAAAUAACAGUUAGCAUAAACAUAUAGCCGUAGGCAUCCUUAUUUGGUCAAUUAACUUUUGGCAGCAUGUAGUGGAGGUGUAAUUUUUGUUCUGAAGGGUAAGGGCCUUUUCUGCUCCAUGGAAAAAGUUGUUUAGUUAGGCCAAUUUUUUGUCAUCACCAACAUUUUACAAGUGCAAAAAUUGUCUUUGUUGCAAAACAACCUAGGAUAAAUCCUAAUGAUUGGAAUUGGAGUCCUUUGGCAAACUAUGCUGGCUGGUCUUACAGACAGAUCAGGUGCUGAUUGAAUCUGACGGCUUUGGAAAUCUCAAAGUGGACACAACAGAUGAAACAAAAAUUUGUAAAUGAAAAAAUUUGUCCUUUGUUUUUGUCAGAACAAUUCUUGUUUUGUUUCAAUCCUAGCAUGGAAACUGGCCCUUAGUGUCAAAAGGUUUCAAAUAUUACUAUCCACUAUGUCUCAAUUGUAAAUUAGGGCCUUGCGGAAAGGUGCUUCUUAAGUUUCAAAUCAGGAUUGGUAGAAACUGAGAGACCACUGGCAAUUAAGUUAAUUAGGAAUGAAAUUUCUUUUUUCUCCCAAGAAUUUGUCUGCCUAAAAAAUUCAAGUUAGCCGCUAAACAUUCCAUAACAAAAUUCUGAGUGUUUGUCUUGCAAGUCUUGCAUUCCUAAACUUUACUUUCUUUUUUUGUAGAUUUUAUUCAUGGAAAUAGCAGUAAACCAAUUUAUGAUCUGGUCCAAGAUGGCUUGAGUUAUUUAGAUACGAGAAUUGAAUUCUGGAGACAACAAGAACCACUUUAUGCUCGCAAGAACAAGAAACUGCCCCCAAGAAAAUCUCCCCAGAGGCAACUCCCUGCUGACACAACAAAAUUCAUCUUGAGAUCCUUGGAGGAAAUAGACCAGGCAUUGGCAGAUGGUGAUCCAGAGACAAGUUUAAAUAAGGCACAGUCGACUUUAAAAACAGUACAGUCAUUAGGAGCAGAGAGUGUCCCAAACAAGGCAGAGGUUGUGGGUAAUUUGUACUCUUGUAUUGGAAAUGCUCAUCUUGAGAUGGAAAAUUAUGAAGAAGCUUUGAAGUUCCAUGAAAAAGAUCUGAAGGCUGCUAAAAAAAUGUAAGUUGUUACUUGUAAAAAGAUACAGUUCAAGAACUGGUCCAGCUGAUAGAAUUUGGUAAAUUAAAGUGAUCUGUGUUCUAAUGAAGUCAGUUGCUGGAAAAUACCAUAUUAUGGUUUUUUCCCAUGAAGCAGAAAGAAAUGAAGCUCAGUGUACACCCUCCUGAUAAUUAGGAUCACAUGGAGGUUUCAUCAUCAAAUAGUUGCUGAUGGUGGUAUAGGCACCUGUAAUCAUUAAAGGGGCAGUACAAAUUUUAUGAAUGAAAUUUUAACAGACAAUUGUGAGAUACCUUAUAAACAAUGACCAUUCAAUAUUAAGAGAGCUUAUAAAUUAAAACACUUUCCUCUAUUUUCUACAUUUCCCUCUUAGGGAGAACAAGGAAGCUAAAUCACGAGCGCUGGACAACCUUGGAAGACUGUAUGCUAAGAUGGGAGAAUACACCAAAGCUAUCGAUUCCUGGAUGGAGAAACUUCCACUCAGUAAAUCAGUUUUAGAAAGCACAUGGCUUUAUCAUGAAAUUGGCAGGUGUCAUUUAGAGCUCAAAUACUACCAGGAUGCUAAAGAGUUUGGUCAAAGAUCAUUGGCUGCAGCAGAGCAAGCAGAUGAUAAAGUGUGGCAGCUUAAUGCCACAGUUCUUGCAGCUCAAGCUGAAGGUGAUUUUUGUUGCUAAUAAGAUAGGCCUUGUUUGAAUUUAAAUAUAAACUGUCAACUCCCAGAAGUGACUAACAUGUAACUUCCAACUAUGAUAUAUAUACAUUAUCCAGCAAACAGGUCAUGAGGAUACUCAAAAUUUUCAGAUAGAAGUUGUCAGCUUGAUCUAAAUUCUUGUAACUGCAAGAAAAUGUGUAGAAGUUAGUCAAGAGGAGAGAAUUAACAAUCAGAUCUUGGGAUUUGCUGGAGUACCUUAAAGUUUAAAGACAACUCUAAAUAUCCAGGAAGAUUCAUAAGCAAGAUGGCUACAAUUUUGCUUUUGAAAGAUCCAACUGAGCAGCAUAGAAUUCAUUUAUGAGCAAUGUUAUUUCCUAGUAUCAUAUGCAACCAGUGUACUACAUACUGCCAAGAUCAGCAUUUGAGCAAUGUCCCAGCUAUCCUGUUUAGAGAAAGAUAAUAACAGGUCGAAGUGAAUUAUUUUUAAACUUGUUAGUGAACUACAGUGCAGGCCACACAAUCAUCAUUUAAGGUUUUUAAAAAGAAGUUUUCCACUGACUGAUCUUUAACAAUACAACUUGACUGUUUGCAAUUUAGUGAAGCUUGGAGAUCUCAAAGAUGCCCUGCAAUCUUUUGAAAAAGCCUUAGACCUAGCCAAAAUACUGGAGGAUGAUGCAGCUGAAAAUGCCAUAUCCAAAGCCAUCAAUGACGUCAAUGACAGAAUCACACAAGGUGAGUGGGUUGUCAUGGUGUUUACUCCUUUUUAAUGAGCAGUUAUGCCUGAAGAUCUUAGAUGACCAGAGCCCUAUUGCUUGUUAUUAAACAUAAGUGACCUAGGGUAUUGAUAAACUCUCUAAAAGUUUAACUAAUAAUAUAAUUUGGUUUUGUCAUCGAAGUUGAUAUUGUAAAUUGGUCACCAUAAAGAGUUUCUAAUGCGGUCAUUUUGAGCAUUAGCCCUUAGCCAUUUGCUCUGACAAAGGGCUAAAUAAAUGCUUCAAACAUCAGCUUAGAAGCUCUUCAUGGUGGCCAAUUUUCAUUAUCAACUCAGAUGAUAAAACCAAAUUAUCUUCUUACACUCCCCCACCUACACAACACCACAGUUUCUUUAGAAACUUAAUCCUAAAAGGUUUACUCUGUUCCAGGCAUUGAUCAGGUAAACAGUCCAAAGUCUGUGCGAAAUAUUAAACAGCUUGGUAGUAGGGGCAGAACGUAAAAUGAGGGAGGUUCAGACUGGGUCGUUUUUUAUGCUAGACAAUUUGUCAACUAAUUUAAUCACCACAACCAGUUAGAAAAAAGGGAAGUUUCCCAUGAAAUGGAUGCAUGAAAGUUCAAAGGGUAAACACACACCAACUGGGCUAAGUAUGGGAAAAGAAAGGCAUUGCUUUUGACAUUCAAUUGAAAAUUGGUGUCAUUAAUAGCUGCUGGGAAAAGUUGUUUUAUCAUUAUCCACUUAUGUAAACUUAAUCUCCAACAAGGGGUCAAAUCUGGAGAAGAAAGUGCUGCUGAUGAACCUGAAGGUGCAGAGGAAAGCAAAGAAACAGCAGAUGAACAAAAUGAGGAAACUGAGGCAGCUAAACAAACAGAGGAGGAGGAGGAACUAGUGACAGAAGACUCGGUCAAAGAAAGCCAUGAGGAGGCAAAGGAGGAUGAAGCUGUGGAAGGAAAUGCAGAAAAGGAUGCAGAACAAGAACCAGAUGAGGCAAAUGAUGCAGCAAAAGAUGCUGAUCAACCUGCUGAAGAUGAUGGAGUGAAGGAGCAAUAAAUGUCCUUAAAUUGUCCAUCAAACUCUGUAUAUAUUGAUGUAUUAGAGCCUUUCAAGAGAAAUUCAAAGUUUUACUUGCAGUUGCUAACUCUUUGUUAACUCAAAGGUGUUAAAAUAGUUCUGCUAAUCUUGUUGAAUAUUAUUUUACAACAUUUUUAUUUUGAUUUUCAUUUUAAUGGUGGCUGUUGUCAGUGUAGCACUUUAAGUUUGAUCAUUGUAUGUGGAAUGGUUUGAUUGCAAGGAACAUUCAGUCAGAGGAAAUUGCACAGUGAAAAUAUUUUGUUCUUCUGGAAAAGAUGAUGUAAAUUGAAGGUACAAGGAGAAUAAAGGUUGACAAGAAAGUGGCAGUGUUUAAAGCUCAACUUCAAUUAAUUUUAAAUGGCUGGAUGGCAAGAAAGUCUUCUCCUUGUACAAAGAAACAAGCCAACCUGGAAAAGUACAAUUAUAAUUUUUAUUUGUAUUUAGAAAACAGGUUAGAAGUACUUUUCGCAUGCCCUGAUUGGGUAGUUCGGAAGUAAUUAGCAAGAAAUAUUCACCUUCGAGGAGCCAGGAAGACAAAAUUGCACUUCAAGAGCUUAGGGUAACCUGUGUGGUAUAUACUAAAAUGAGUAUUCACCUCAAAAGUCAGCAAAAGGUUUGAAUAUUAACCUUGCCACUUUGGAACUUGGUAAAUAUCCAACCCUACUCAACCUCACUUUGGUUAAUGAUUGUUACAUAUGUUCAGUCAUUAAACUUUGCUAAAAUUAACCUAAUCUAUCAUUGACUUUGGAAACAAGUUUUGCAAGAGUCUAAGUCUAGUUUGAGAGUGUACUAUCAAUUAUUUCAACUCUACACAGUGAUAAAGAGUAAGAUUCAGCGUUCUCCAGAAGCAACAGAAACCGGUAUUUUCACAGGUUACUUGUUUCUGGAGUUAGAGCAAAAUAGUGUAAAAUAUCUGUUGAGAUCUGAAAUGAAUUUUAACGUUGCUUUAUUUCUGUUCACCUGUAUACUUAAAAAGAUUUAUUAACACUAGAAAAAAAAAGUAAAAUUAAAACCAAAGGGAAUAGAUGUAGCGGAGAUUUGCCCUUCGAGCACUAACUUACUUCUUACUGCCAACUAUUUUUUUCAAUGGCUGGCACACCAAAGAUUGUGGAGAGCUAACCAGGAAGAGCCGUCUGAAAACAAGGAGCAGUUUGAUAGAAAAGGGUAGGAAUUGACAACAAUGGCAGUCUUAAAAAAUAAACACCUCAAUGACCA